GCAUUAGCUAGUAAUACAUCCUCCAAGGCAGGGGCUUUAAGGUUCAGGGUUUCUGGCGAUGGCUACCUUGAGUUUAGCAGAACUUGCGAGCGCCCUGCCACGGUGCAGCAAGAGGAGCCACCAUCUUCUGCUACAAGUCUCUGGAAAGAACAAUGCGAGGAUAAAUGCGUUAGGAGGUAGUGCUAGUAGCAGUGUAGUAGUGCACAGGAAGAGAUACCGAAUGCAGGUGGGUGUUGGAGACGAUGAUCUUUACAGUGUGGAGGAUGUUAUAGAUGAUCAAAUCGAGUCUACUCUGGACAUGCUGGACGAGGGAGCUGACAAGACUGCCGAGGAGCUACUGCUUGGAUUUGGCUUACCUCCUCCUGCUUCUGCCGCUGCUCCCGUUGAAGCAGGCCCUGAAGCAGCGGAUGGAGCAACUGAGGACAGGCUAGAGAGCGUUGUCGCGGCGGGAACGGUUGUGGAGUACAAGAUCAACGAGGACGAGUUUCACAAAAUCAGCCUCCACGAGUGUGAUUUCUUCAUUCGAAAGGUACCCGAUCCUGACGACAACGUGUAUGAUUUCAGAGAAAUGUAUGUCACGCCUCCGGAUACUGACGUUUAUUCAAUCCCCAAGGUUAUCGGGAAAAUGCCGAAGCAGAAUACGAGGUGCAACCUGGGAAAAUGGAAUGAAAUAGUUCUUGUUCGAAGCAACGACAGAAACAAUCCACGAGAGGCGAUGGGCAGAAACGAGUUUCACGCUCUCAAAGUUUUCCUUAUAAAGCACUAUAGAAACCGGAGGAUGGAGGCCCCAAACUUCGUCCUCAACUUUGAAAAGGUGUUUGUGCUGGACGGAGCGACGAAAUCUAUUAGAAAAGCCAAAGUCAAGAUCGAAGUUCCUGGCGGUAAGGAUCGAGAUAGAAGCAAAGAGAUUCUCACCAUCAGAGACGGAGGAAAGACAUUUACCAUUAUUCCACAGGUACGUAAGUUUUGUAGUGACCUGACCAAACAACUCGCACAAAUCUUUCCUGCCAGGAAAAACGGAAAUCACCCGACGAAGUUAUCGCGGAAUUCGAAUGGAAGAGAUCCCGGGAAGAGUUUGAAAAGUAUCUGAGAACUUUCCGGGACUUUGAAACGUCAAACUGGUUUUGAUAUAACAGAGAGAGCUAGAAAACCAGCCUUAAUCAUGCAUAGAAUGCAUAAGAAAACAUUAUACCCGAAAGAAAAUGGAGAACACAACGAAAAUGACAGACGAGGAAGAAAAACUACCUGUAGAGUUAUUUUCUCGAUUUCGUCUUUUUAUUGACGGUGCCUUCCAUCCUC